UGCUGUUGCUUACUGUCUCUCCAGCAAUGGACAACUUUAGGUCGGCGCUUUCUCUAGCGUCGUCUCGCUCAUAUGCUCCGGAGGUGGACGUCUGAUCGGAUUAUAAACCCGAGUUGAGAAAUAAUUUCAACUAAGGGAAAGGCGUUUUUCUUGCUAUUUGACAGAAGAAAAGGGAGCAACAUGCCUGUUUCAACUCUUUUGCCUUUCACAGCUACCCCGAGUAGGAAGUCUGCCAACCCGACCUCCUUCAGGUUGACGGAGAAAUUCAUUCUGCUUUUGGUCUUCAGCGCCUUCAUUACGCUAUGUUUUGGUGCAAUUUUCUUUCUGCCCGACUCGUCUAAGCUGCUCAGCGGAGUUUUCUUCCAUUCCUCCGCCGUGGAGACGAACACCCGCACCGGUCCGGACGGCGGCGGAGGGGAGUCCGGCUCGGCUGGACACGAUGAGAAGGUCCUGGCCAAAAUCAAGAAGGACCACGAAAAAGCUCUGCUGGAGGCUAAGGAUACUCUACAGAAGCGUCCCGAUGAAAUCAAGCAGGACAUUUUAAUUGAGAAGGAGAAAGUUGCUAAGGAGAGUUUGGCUCAAGGUGGGAAGGCUGGCAAUGAUUUACCUUACAUCGAGUACCAGAGACCCCCGGGGGCCACGGGACACGAACCGGAGGACCCCACAGCCAAGGAACGGCGGGGGAAAAUUAAACAGAUGAUGAAACAUGCGUGGGACAGCUACCGACUCUAUGCCUGGGGUUCCAAUGAGCUCCGGCCUGUCUCCAAGCAGGGCCACUCCAGCAAUCUGUUUGGAAGCAUCAAAGGCGCCACCAUCGUGGACGCUCUGGACACGCUGUACAUCAUGGAGAUGUUCGACGAAUUCGACGCCGCCACCGAGUGGGUAGAGAAGAACCUCGACUUCAACGUGAAUGCCGAAGUAUCCGUUUUUGAGGUCAACAUCCGCUUUGUGGGAGGACUUUUGUCGGCGUACUAUUUAUCCGGCAAAGAGGUUUAUCGCAGAAAAGCAGUGGAAUUGGGCGAAAAAUUGCUCCCGGCGUUUAAAACGCCCACCGGAAUCCCGUGGGCUCUGCUCAACCUCAAAAGUGGGCUCGGACGCAACUGGCCGUGGGCGUCGGGUGGCAGCAGCAUCCUGGCCGAGUACGGAACGCUGCAUUUGGAGUUUAUGCAUCUCAGCAAACUGUCGGGAAACCCAGAAUUUGCUCAGAAGGUGAUGAACAUCCGCAAAGUUCUGAAUCGUUUGGAUAAACCCCAGGGACUGUACCCUAACUACCUUAACCCAAACAGCGGCCAGUGGGGUCAACAUCAUGUUUCCGUGGGCGGCCUCGGUGACAGCUUUUACGAGUACCUGCUCAAAGCCUGGCUCAUGUCUGACAAGACUGACGAGGAGGCCAAGAAGAUGUAUUAUGACGCCCUGCAGGCCAUUGAAACCAGCCUAAUAAGAAAGUCUAGCGGUGGAUUGACUUACAUCGCCGAGUGGAAGGGAGGCCUUCUGGAGCACAAAAUGGGUCACCUGACCUGCUUCGCCGGCGGCAUGGUGGCCCUCGGUGCAGACGGCGCUCCCGACGACAAGACGGGCCACCAGAUAGAACAAGCGGCUGAGAUCGCAAGGACCUGCCACGAGUCCUACACAAGAACCGCUUUGAAACUUGGCCCUGAAGCAUUCCGUUUCGACGGUGGCGUGGAGGCCAUCGCCACCAGGCAGAACGAGAAGUACUUCAUCCUACGGCCUGAAGUCAUCGAAACAUACAUGUACAUGUGGAGGUUCACCCAUGACCCUAAAUACAGAGAAUGGGGCUGGGAAGCUGUUGAGGCUUUGGAGAAGCACUGCAAGGUGGAAGGGGGCUACAGCGGCGUCCGAGACGUUUACGCGUCGACGCCCAACCAUGACAAUGUGCAACAGAGCUUCUUUCUGGCCGAGACGCUCAAGUAUUUGUACCUGCUGUUUUCCGACGACGACCAGAUCUCGUUGGAGCAUUGGGUAUUCAACACGGAGGCCCAUCCUUUGCCCGUCAUCCGGAAGGAACCGCCAGAGCGGACCAACGAGGUGGAGUAGGAACAACUUUCGCGACUCCUCCCGAGUGGAAUUUGACGUUUUUUAACAAUUUCACGGGAUCAACGCCGACUUUCGUCCGUCUUCUCUCGGGUAUUUUCACGAUUUUCUCGCGGAGCUUCGGAAAUCCGGGAUAGAGAACAACAAGACGGACAAGACAGAAAAACUCAUCGGAGUGGACGUCUGGUGAUGUCACUUCCUGUGAUCGUGUUUACAAGACGUCGCCAUUUUCAUCUCGUUUUUUGCUUUUACUUUGUCCGUUUUUAAACCAACAGCGUAGCAUUGGAAGCCGCUCAGAAAGCUUUGGAGGGUUAUUACGUCCUCACGUAAGUGCUUAUUUAUCAAAUGAUGACAUAUCUGGACUGCCCUGAUUUAGAUCUUUAAUUUUAGGUAUGACUUGGCAACAAUGUAGCACGGCGAGGCUCGCACUUGUUCAAUUUUGACACAUUUUUAGGUGUGCGAAAGCUUGAUAAAACUGAUAUUUAACAGAGGAGAGGCCUUAACUUGAGCUUCUACCCCUUGUAAAAAGGCAAACGUUUUAUACCGUUAACUAGUCUUCGAGCCUCGCUGUUUGGACACCAGUUGUCGCUUUUAAUCAUUUUCUGCCCGGUAACUUUUUUUUUUUUUAACUGAACAAGCAAGUCAUCGCCUCAAAUUUGUUUGUUUUCAGUGUUUUUCUUCACAUUUCUUCAGCCGAAGCAAGAAGUGAGUCAUCGUCGCGGCCUCGCUGGCUUUUAAAAGACAUUUUUCAUCUCGUGCCUUCACUUCAAGGAUGUGAGCGCAAAAAGAAACCAUGAAUUUGCUUUAAGAGGGAUCCAAAGCUGACAUUUGAAUAAGAAUUUGUACAAAAAGACGUCUUUCGGUGCCAUUGACGAUGCUGGACGUCCAAUUUUUCCUCUUCUGUGAGUUUAUUGCUGGUUGAGGUCCAAUCCAUUUGAAGUGGGAGGGUGACAGCAACUGCUAACCUUCCCACUUCAAAUGGAUCGGGCGUAUAUGGGCGUCAAUGGCAGCCAAAUUGUUAACACAAUUAAUAUAAAGGAUUGGGGGAAUGCAUGAGUACUGAAGAAACGGUAUUGAUUAAAACAAAUAAAUAUAGAAAAUUAAUUGGAAAAUGCAGCUAAAACCUAGAAAAUCCACACCAAAAAAACAAAAGAAGAAUUUGAAAAUAAUAAAUAAAAGUAAAUGGAGAAAAAUAAUAAAAAAUGAAAAAAUUUAAAAAUCAAAAAUAAUUCUACCACUAAAAAAUAAAAAUAUAAAAAAGUUCCACUCUGAGACCCCUAAUUUGGCAAAAUUUCAAAAUUGCCCGAUAUGCACGUGUGAUACAUCAUUGGAAAGCCCAAAAUCUCAAUUUUCUGGAAGAAGAAAAAUUUUGAACAGGAGGGCAUUUAAAAAAAAAAAAAAAAUUUAAAAAUUCAACAGCGAAACCCUAACUGGAGGUAAGAGCAUGAGAGAUCAUAAUUAAAGACGCCAUGAUUUUAACAAGAUAUUGUCGCGUAUUUAACCUUGUUUCGAUCCAUAUAUAGAUUUUUUUAAAAAUGUAUUCAUAAAUAAUACAUUUAAUAAAACAAAGGAGUAAUACAUGAAUAAAUUCUUGUUCAUAUUACACCUGAGGUCAUACGUUUUGAGACGUUUCACCAUUCAGUUUGAGAGUCAUAAAACCUUUGACCAAGGGUGUCUAUAAAGUACUGUACAUUUUUAUAUAACAUUCUCCAAAUUUAUUUUCCUUAAUUUUUCAUAUUUCGUAUUUUAUAAUCAAAAUUUUCUUUUGUCGACUUUAAUUUUUUUUUUAUGUGGAUUUUCCCAUUUUUGUUGUAUUUUCCAAUUUUAUGCAUACACACCUAUACAGUAUGUAUAUAGGUAUAUGUAUGUGCAUGUGUGUACAUUAGGGCUGCAGCUGUCAAUUAUUUGAGUAAUCAAUUAUUCAUUAAUCAGUUCGAGUAAUCGGAUUACAAACCUUCAAACUAUGCAAAAAUACACUUUCAUUAAGAAAAGAAAAAAUACCCGAACUUAGGCUCAAACAGUUUGAAUAAAUGAGGAUCUAAGUACAACAAAGGAACAAUUGGCUAACGUCAAAGCAAAACUCCGCUAGCUUAAAUGCUAUAAAUGCUAACAUUUUUUUUAAGCUGUUAACAAAUUGAUAAACACAUAUUACUGACAAAAUGACACUUUGACACAAUGAAAAAUAGUCUGUGAACAGCUUAUAUAAUAGUUAAUUUAUUUUCCCUUCAAAAUAACUCAAAAUAUAGCCAUUAAUAUCUAAACCCCUGGCAACAAAAGUGAGUACACUCCUUUGAAAAAAACAUACAUCCCUAAAUGUCCAAAUUGAGUACUGCUUGUCAUUUUCCCUCCAAAAUGUCAUGUGACUCAUUACAGGAGUGCUGUCAGCAUUGCUGCAGAGAUUGAAGAGGUGUGGGGUCAGCCUCUUAGUGCUCAAACCAUACGCCGCACUCUACAUCAAAUUGGCGUGCAUUAGGGUUGUUCCGAUCAUGUUUUUUUGCUCCCGAUCCGAUCCAGAUCGUUUUAUUUUGAGUAUCUGCCGAUCCCGAUAUUUCCCGAUCAGAUUGCUUUUUUUUUUGCUCCCGAUUCAAUUCCAUUCAUUCCCGAUAAUUUUUCCUGAUCAUAUACAUUUUGGCAAUGCAUUAAGAAAAAAAUGAAUAAAACUCAGACGAAUAUAUACAUUCAACAUACAGUACAUAAGUACUGUAUUUGUUUAUUAUGACAAUAAAUCCUCAAGAUGGCAUUUACAUUAUUAACAUUCUUUCUGUGAGAGGGAUCCACGGAUAGAAAGACUUGUAAUUCUUAAAGGAUAAGUGUGACCUUGUAUAUUGUGACUAAAUAUUGCCAUCUAGUGUAUUUGUUGAGCUUUCAGUAAAUGAUACUGUAGCCAUUUAACUGCUCUGCCCAAAUUAAUGGUGGGAAGUGCAACCAUGACUGUGCGUAGUGGUGCCAACUAAUAUAUCUUCUCUGCGUUGGGAAAUAAAAUAGGGUGUUAAGAAAAAGAUGAACUACUACCUUUCUUCCCCACAUUGCUUCCCACGAUAUUUCUAAUUGAUGAGAGAGGGAUUGUAAGGCUUUAGCCAAUUAAAAAAAAGCUUCAAAGGCUGCCAAAAUUCUCUCUACUCAUUUAACGUUGCCUUUUAACUCUAUGUAUACGUAAAACGGUGCCAUUAUAGAUUGAACGCGACAAUGCUUGAGUGGGUAGUGCAGCGCAUGCAUUAAUUGCGUUAAAUAUUUUAAAGUUAUUACCGCCGUUAACGCGAUAAAUUUGACAGCCCUAGUUUAAGCCAAAACUAAAGACCGGUUGAGUGAAAGAAAUUUUGUCUGUAACGUUAAAUACAAUUAGAAAACGAUUUCACUAAAAUAUAACCAAAAAAAAGGCAUGUCCGAUAUUUUUUUGCCGAUUCCGAUACUUUGAAAAUGACGAUCCCGAUCGAUCGUGACAUCUCUAGCGUGCAUGGCUGUCACCCCAGGAGGAAGCCUCUUCUGAAGACGGUACACAAGAAAGCCCGCGCGUCUCAUCAGACCAUAGGACAUGGCUCCAGUAAUCCAUGUGUUUUGUUGACAUGUCUUCAGCAAACUGUUUGGCGGGCUUUCUUGUGUACUAUCUUCAGAAGAUGCUUCCUCCUGGGGUGACAGCCAUGCACACCAAUUUGAUGCAGAGUGCGGCGUAUGGUCUGAAAACUAACAGGCUGAUCUGCAGCAAUGCUGACAGCACCCCUGUAACGAGUCACAUGACAUUUUGGAGGGAAAAUGACAAGCAGUACUCAAUUUGGACAUUUAGGGAUGUAGUUUCUAAGGGGUUUACUAACUUUUGUUGCCAGGGGUUUGGAUAUUAAUGGCUAUAUUUUGAGGGGAAAAUAAAUGAACUCCACAGACCACUUUUCAUUGUGUCAAAGUGUCAUUUUGUCAGUGUUGUCCCAUGAAAAGAUAUACUUAAAUAUCUGCAGAAAUGCGAGGGGUGUACUCACUUUUGUGAUACACUGUAUAUUCAUGCACUCAUGUAUUCCCCCAAUGGUUCGGGUGUUCAUAGAAAAAGAAAAAAAAUGUGAAAAAACUGGCCAAUGAAAUGACUCACUGAACAUAAGGCAGCAUUUUUACCUUUAUUUGAAUGCAACGAAACUACAUUUUAAGCAAGUCACUGUCCCUCUCAACAUGUUCCAGUGUCAACAGCAAAAUGAACAUUUACUCUGUAUAACACUGUCCUCUAGUGGAUGCAGCGCUCAAUGGCAAUGAAUUUCACACCGACUUUUUUUGUUUUUAUUUCUAUCCUGAAGAUGUUAUGAUAGAAUCCGUUUAUACGAAUCAACUUGAAACCUGUUUGAUUCAAUUUUCAGCAACUGGGUCCAUUCAUUCAUAAUUAUGUGUGUCCAAAGAAACGAACAUAUUUUUCCUGCGUUUUCACCAUUAAAUGACAGCGAUGACGACGCCAAAAACGACCAAAAAAAGUGAGAUAUUGUCAUCGAGGAUGUUUAAUUUGUGUUUGUUUGUAAUUGUCAUAUUAGAUUGUGUUAAUUUAUUGUUAUUAUUGUAAAUUGGUAAAUUUCAGGAACAAGGAAGAUUAGGGUAAGCAAAUAUUCAGACUGUAAGAGUGAUGAGUAAAAUGAGGUGUGUGAGAAAGUGGGAAUGGAGCACCCAAAUGUGAAGUGAAUUUAGUUUCACGCCAAGUUUUUCUUCAUGUUUUUUCAUUUAAUCUUUUUUUUUUUUUUUUUUUUUUUUUUUUU